ACGCGUGUGUGGUUCGUGUUUUUCGUGAUUGAUAAUAUACACAGGCAACAACUGGAGAUAAAGUGUGAAACAAUAUCAAUAUGGCUCUUCCUUUUCUACCGGGAAAUACCUUUACAGACCCAACGCAACGGAAGUUUCACAGAUCCCAAUCCCUCGGCUACAAAAAUGGAUAUGCCCUGCCCGCAAGGCCGGAGGUCGGCAUCGGAGGCGAACCAUUGGAAGUCAAUCAACUCACUCUUUCAGAAUUAGAUGAACUGAAUAACAAAAGACCAACACUGACAUAUGGACAAGCUAAGCAAGCACCACCAGAAGAUUUCAUCCCUGCACACGUAGCUUUUGAUAAAAAGGUACUGAAAUUCAACGCAUUCUACAAGCAGACCGUCCAUGAGUCACCCAGCGAAUACUACCGCGUCCGUCCCGUCAUCAUCUACUACUACCUGGAAGACGACAGCAUCUCGGUCAUCGAACCCCACAUAGAGAACAGUGGCAUGCCCCAGGGCAAGCUGAUCAAACGCAUGAGGUUGCCCAAGAACGACCAGGGCGACCACUGGCACUGGAAGGACCUCAAUCUUGACAUCCAGGUCACGUUCUACGGCAAGGUUUUCCAGAUCACAGACUGUGAUAAGUGGACAGCGGAAUACAUGGCAAUGGAAGGGAUUGAGCUGAAUCCCCCUGCGCCUACCCCUUCAGAUCCCCAUACAGAGUCUCGCAAGGAGAAGUCUGCCAUCGAGGCAUUCACCACACCCAGUACAUUCGACAAACUCAAGCAGUUCUUGGAACUCGAUCGGAAGGUUCUGCGGUUUUUCUGUGUUUGGGAUGAUCGAAGCAGCAUGUUUGGUGAGCAACGACCUUACAUCAUACAGUACUACCUCGUAGACGAUACAGUGGAGGUCAGAGAGGUCCACGAACCCAACGACGGCCGAGAUCCUUUCCCGCUGUUCCUCAAGAAACAAAGAGUUCCAAAAGACCGUGACAAUGUUGACUCCUCUUUCCGUGCAGUGGUUAUGGAGCUUUCGAACCAUGAAAUCAAGAACUGGUACAGCCCUCCAGACUUUGGCAUCGGCAAGACGGUUUACAUCUACAACAGGCCAUUCCUCAUCUACGAUGCCGAUGCUUUCACAAAGCAAUACAUGGAACAGCUUGGUGUCUCUCAGUCAGGCCCAGUUCAGGUUUCUAUGGAAGCCAGAAAGCUCGCCAAGAUGGACUUGCCGCCUUACAAUGGCUUUGGUUCCUAUGAAGACUCCCUGCAGUCCUGCCUGUCUCUGGUUCCCCAGCCGCCCAAGAAAGACUUCAUCAAGAUGCUGGAGAACGAUCAUAAGAUCCUUCGAUUUGAAGCCGUCAUGGAUUCUGUGCGACCUGAGGACAAAGGUCGUCGGUUCAUCAUCAGUUAUCGUCUGGCAGAUGAUAUGAUCAAGAUCUUUGAGCCCCCUGUCCGUAACUCAGGAAUCAUCAGCGGUACAUUCCUUGAGAGAACGAGAGUGACCAAGCCUGGCUCAACACCUGAGAAUCCACUGUUCUAUGGCCCACAGGACCUGACCAUUGGCUCUUGUCUAGAGGUGUUCAGCCAUCGGUUCAUCAUAACCGAUGCCGAUGACUACGUACUUCACUACCUGGAGGCCCAUAAGCAAGACUUUCCAGGCUGUGACAAGACUAUCCAUAGCAUCCAAGCCACCAGGUCCAUGGGCCUGCCUUCCAAACCAGCGACGUUAGCAUCGCAGAAGGGCGCCCCCAUGACUGUCAAGAGAUCGCCAAACGACCUGAAACAGCUCUUAGCAGAGGUCAAGUCUCAACUCCGCAAGGACAACUACAUCAACUUCACCUCCUUGACGGAAGCCUUCUUACAGUACGACCGUGACCGUUCAGGAAACAUUGAUGUGAAUGAGCUCAAGGCCGCCUGCCACAAGCAGAAUCUACCCCUAGAUGAUGAUGUCAUGCAAGCGUUGAUUGAAGAGUGUGGUGACGAACAUGGUAGAAUCAGCCAUGCAGAAUUCAUGAAGUUCUUAACGUGGGACUAAGGAUAACAAGCAGUGACGGAAAAUGCGCCAGUCUCUACUGAUUUUGCCCCAAACCAGACAAGUCAAUCAAUUCUUGAAUCUGAACAAAAAACAGAUUUGACUGAUUGUUUGCAAAUCUCAAACGGUUGAUCCGUA